AUGGCAAAGAAAAAGAAUAAACAGAUCAUCCGCCCAUGGUGCUGGUACUGUGAAAGGGAGUUUGAAGAUGAGAAAGUUCUUAUGCAACACCAAAAGGCCAAACAUUUCAAAUGCAACAUGUGUCCUCGCCGAUUAAACACUGCCGGCGGUCUGGCCGUGCAUAUUCAACAAGUUCAUAAACUAGAACCAGAGAACCUUCCACGGAUUGAGAACGCUAUGCCAGGACGUGAUGGGUAUGAAGUGGAGAUUUUCGGAAUGGAGGGCAUUCCUGCACCUGAUGUUGCAGACUAUAAGCGCCGCAAGGAAAUCGAACUUGGCUUAGCUGCAGGUUCUAUAUCUCAGCCUCAGCCUAAGAGACCUAAGAUUGAAAAGAGGCCUUUAUCGGAGGACGAACUCAAGGCUCAGUUAGAGGCCCAUAAGGCCUUGAUGGGCGGUAGCAGCGAUAAUCCUCCUGCUCUUCCUGCAGCUGACAAUAGUGCCAGCGGGGUAUACGGUGCUCCUCCACAAGCAUAUGCUGCCCCUCCUACUCCAGUUCCGGGCCUUCCACCGCCAGGGAUGCCUCCUGGUAUGGGACCAGGUGCGCCUCCUCCAUUCUUCCCGGGAGGGCCACCCCCUGCCGGGGCUUUACCGCCUUUUCCGCCUUUUCCUGGAAUGCCCGGUUUCCUUCCAGGACAUCCACCACCUGGCUUCCCUAUGCCUCCUGGUCUCAUGCCUCCACCGGGUAUGCUUCCCCCAGGUGCGCCACCUUUUCCUCCCGGAAGUGUUCGGCCACCAUUCCCUCCACCACCUUCUUUUGUUCCCGCUGGUUCAGCAUCACCGUUCCCACCAGUUACACCAGGGAUUGGAUCUGGUGCUCCGCCGCCAUCGGCUGCUGCUAUGGGACCACCCGCUGCAACCGCAGCGCCACCUCCUUUGACCUUGCCAAAUUCGGCCCUCGAACAGAAGUAUGCGCCUUUCAAGAAACCGACAGAACUCAAAUAUGCAAACCCGAACUUUUCCCCUGAAGAGAAGCGGGCUCACACUAAAAAGUACUAUGUUGCUCGAGACUCGACGAAUAUGCUGCUAUCUGGCAUUGACUCUUCUGCACUUUCAGCUGAAGAGACGAGAGGGAAGAAAAGGGCACGAGCAGAGGACUUCCUCUAG